GCACCGAACGUCAGGGCCAGAGCCACCACGUGGCAGGGAGGGCGGGCCCGCUCCCCUCCCGCCCUCUGUCCCAGUGGCAGAGCCCCGGAGGCCGGCUGGCAGAAGGGGCCCGGAGCCCCGGGGGGUCAUGGGCUUGGGGGUCCGCGGUCUUCACGCCCCUUCUUCCCCCGCAGGUGCCCUACCGCCCGCUAGCCCCCAUGGGGGUGUCCGGCGUCCUGAGGCGCCUGAGCGGCGUCCCGCACUCCGCCGAGGACGACCUGGGGGAGGAAGGCGGCCCGGCAGCCUGCCGCAACGGGCGCUCCCCCGGGGGCGCUGAGGCGGGCCUGGGCUCCCGGCGCCGGGGCCGCUUCGUCAAGAAGGACGGCCACUGCAACGUGCGCUUCGUCCACCUGGGGGAGCACGGCGCGCGCUACCUCAGCGACCUGUUCACCACCUGCGUGGACGUGCGCUGGCGCUGGAUGUGCCUCUUCUUCUCGUGCUCGUUCGUGCUGUCCUGGCUGCUGUUCGGCCUGGCCUUCUGGCUCAUCGCCUCGCUGCACGGGGACCUGGCGGCGCCCCCGCCCGCCGCGCCCUGCUUCUCGCAGGUGGGCAGCUUCCUGGCCGCCUUCCUCUUCGCGCUGGAGACGCAGACGUCCAUCGGCUACGGCGUGCGCAGCGUGACGGAGGAGUGCCCGGCCGCCGUGGUGGCCGUGGUGCUGCAGUGCAUCGCGGGCUGCGUGCUGGACGCCUUCGUGGUGGGCGCCAUCAUGGCCAAGAUCGCCAAGCCCAAGAAGCGCAACGAGACGCUGGUGUUCAGCGAGAACGCCGUCGUGGCCCUGCGCGACCACCGCCUCUGCCUCAUGUGGCGCGUGGGCAACCUGCGGCGCAGCCACCUGGUGGAGGCCCACGUGCGCGCGCAGCUGCUGCAGCCUCGAGUCACCCCAGAAGGCGAGUACAUCCCCCUGGACCACCAGGACGUGGACGUGGGAUUCGACGGCGGCACAGACCGCAUCUUCCUGGUGUCCCCCAUCACCAUCGUGCACGAGAUCGACGCUUCCAGCCCCCUGUACGAGAUGGGCCGGGCCGAGCUGGCCCGCGCGGACUUCGAGCUGGUGGUCAUCCUGGAGGGCAUGGUGGAAGCCACCGCCAUGACCACCCAGUGCCGCUCCUCCUACCUGCCGGGGGAGCUCCUGUGGGGCCACCUCUUCGAGCCCGUGCUCUUCCAGAGAGGGGCCCACUACGAGGUGGACUACCGCCACUUUCACCGAACCUAUGAGGUGCCGGGGACCCCCGUCUGCAGUGCCCGGGAGCUGGAUGAGAGGCGGGCCCUGGGGGACAGUGACAGCCCCGGGCCCAAGGGGGGCCUGCCUGGUGCCCUGGCUGCCUUCUGCUAUGAGAACGAGGUGGCCCUCAGCUGCUGCCAGGAGGAGGAGGAGGUCGAGGAGGAGAGGGGGGACGCCCAGGCGGAGGCCAGCCCCAGGGCCCCCACCCCGCCCCUACCCCCAUCCCCUGAACUGGCCCCCCCUCCUUGAGGAAAGGCAGGCAGGGCUGGGGGACGGCAAUUCCCCGUGUCAUGGAGCUUGGCAUGUAGUCCCUGGCGGGGGAGGAGCUGGAAUGGAGGCCCGGAACCCCUUCCCUGGGGCCUAGGCUAGGACGGAUGGGGAGGCAGUGCAUGCUGCCUGGACCCUGGACGCAGGAAAGGCGGGGCGGCCUCGGGGGUAGAACCUUCUGGACUAAUUGGCAGCCCCUCCUCCCCACUUUCCCAACGGGGGUGGGGAAUGAGGCCCCCCCACAUCCCUACCGACCCCCCCCUCCUCUUUCUCCUUCCAGCCCUUCCCUUCUGGGCUCAAUCUUGCCUGGAGUCCAAGAGGCUGGGACUGGCCAGGGUUGUUCUAGACCCCCCCCCCCCAGGAAGAGAAUGGGACCCAGGAAGCCCAUCGAUUCAGGCCCGGUUUGGGGCGAGGAGGCCGGCCUGGCCUCCAGGCUGAGCCGGAAGCAGUCAGGUUGCUCGGCCCCCAGAGGAGGGGGCCCUCUCCAGAAUGCUGUGCAUAUACCCACCUACAUAUAAGUAUAUAGAGAAUAUUCUCCCUCGUGUUCCCUGACUUUGCUGCAGAAGGGGUGGGGCGAGGACGCCUGGGCGGGCCGGGCCAGCAUGGGCUAGCCCCCUUCUUCUGCUUUUGCCUGUUAACCGGAGGGGGUUGGGACGUAUUCCCCUUGGGCUGUGCCAGCUGGGCGCCCCGCGAGGAGGCAUCCCGGGCUCGCUGGGACUUUUCUGGAAGGCCCCGGAGCAAAGCAGCUGGCGUUCCCGGGAGGACCUGGCGUGGCCUCUGGCCACCGGGAAGGCUGCAGCAUGAGUCACCCGGCCCGAGCUGCUGCGCAGGGCCCAGGCCCCGGCUGGCCCGCCCUGCCUUGCCCCUGCCCGGGCUCUGGGACGAGUGUGGGGGACGCUGAAGGAUCCCGGGGUCUUUCCCACCAUUGUUGGGGGUGGAGGGAACCUCCUCCCCCCUACCCCCCAGAAUAAAGAGUUAUGAAGCCAUUAA